CUUCUCAGUCACACACACCCUCCUCUGUUUUUGUGUGAACUCAACUCAACUCCACUCAUCAUCAUCAAUUUCUUCUUCUUCUUCUUCUUCUUCUCUCUCACACACACAUAACAUGUUUUGUAUUAUGAUUUUGUAGCUAUACAUAACCGUUUCUAACAUCUAAACAUAGAAUCUAGAAGAGAGGAAGAAUCUAGAAGAUGCUGCUUGGAAAACGUCCUCGGCCACCAGUUAUGAGAAGAACAAGAAGCAUGAGUGGUGGUCUAUCCGUGGACAUGCAUACACCUGAUAAUCAUGAUCAGACAAACAACAACUUAGAACCACAUCACGAGGAACAACAACAAUCAUCAAUGAUGUCUGAUGUUCAUAAUCCCCUGCAUCCACAACCAAAUCAUGAUGAUCCACAUGCGGUUGUGAUGACUGGACCAGCAGAAUUAACGGUGACUGAUGAGUGUUUAGUGGAAAGUACAGUGAUGUUCCCUUCACACACAAACACAAUCACAAUCACUAACAAUAUUGUUAAUCAUAAUAAUAUUCCUGUGAGUGCGAGUGCACAUAUCAUACACAGUACACCUCACUUUCUCCGAAUUUGUGGCCUCUGUAACUGUCGUUUGGCUCCCGGUCGAGACAUCUACAUGUAUAGGGGAGAUACAGCAUUUUGCAGUUUGGAGUGUAGGGAGGAGCAAAUGAAACAAGAUAGGAGGAAAGAAAAGUGGAAAAUGGGCGUUUCCAAGAAAGAAGACCACCGUGUAUCACCACCGUGCACGGCCACCGCUAAAGCUUCAACUGCAACUUGUACUUGAAGUUGAAGGGUUGCAAACUUGAAUAAUUAUAAUAAUAGAAUAGUAUUAGUAUUAUUAUUAUUAUUAUUAUUAACUAAGAAUGAAAAAAGUUUGUUCACGCUUACCAUGCUUCUCAUGUGUGUGCACUUAGGACAAAGAAGGACCACCCCAUUUCUCUCCCUUGUCCCAAUCAAUAUGUUCCUUAUGGCUUUUUUAUAUUGAUCUUUGUUAACAUAAUGAUUCUGCUACAAACUUUGUAAAGAAGGACUUAUUGCUGUAUUAUUAGUAUUACUACAGCUAUUCAACUUUACUGAUAUCUUAAUCUUUUAAAUUUCUCA